AUGUGUUCUCACCACAGAGAAGAGAGUGACAGAGAAAAUACCCCUCAGCCGCCCGAGACUCCUCAAGAUGGCGUGCUUCCAAGAGAUAUUCCUCAACGCACGACCUUUUACGACUCUGUCGUUGAGCGGCAAAUGUCUCAGGCUGACGCUAAGCUGUUCUAUCAGCGAAGCCAGCUAGACAGCUCCGGUGCUGCGGACCCAGUGUCGUCCUCGUAUAAUGACCCCGUUGCAGCGCUGGCAUCAAGCGGCGGCCUGGAAUAUGAGGGCGACUCUGCGCUGUCCGAAUCUUUUGGCAAGGCUUCUGUGCCUGGACUUGACAGUGCUAGACUUGCAGCUGAGGCCACCAGGGGAAUCUCCAAUAUCAACUUCCUCGACCCUCAGCCACAGGUGACGGCAGAGUUGAGCUCUAUUUCCAGGAGCAUCGAAGACAUUAUCGCGCUGAGGCAAAGAUACAUGGCCCUCUCGCUGCAGCGAUAUGGCGAUGACCCUAGAAAUGGUGCCGACUGGCAGAUUUAUCCCCCUGGAGACAAGCCUGGAGAUGGCUUCGACAUGGAGCAUGUCCUGCCGCUGCCUUCAAACGACGACGGCAUGACGUUCAAGCUGAGCGAUGCUGGUGUCUACGAGGUCUUUGAGGGUGCCGAUUCCGAAACACCCGCUUUCCAAAUCCCAACCAUCAGGCAGUUCUACAUGGACCUCGACAGCAUCCUUACCGCCUCGUCAGACGGGCCUAGCAAGAGCUUCGCCUUCCGCCGCCUCCAAUACCUCGAAGGCAAAUUUAACCUGUAUGCACUUCUAAACGAGUAUCAGGAAACUGCCGACAGCAAAAAGGUGCCUCACAGAGACUUUUACAACGUCCGAAAAGUAGACACUCACGUGCACCACUCGGCGUCCAUGAACCAGAAGCACUUGCUGCGCUUCAUCAAGAGCAGGAUGAAGAAGAACCCUGAUGAGGUUGUCUUGUUCCGUGACGGGAAGCACUUGACGCUUGCCGAGGUGUUUGCUAGUAUUAAUCUUACGGCGUAUGAUUUGAGUAUUGAUACGCUUGAUAUGCACGCCCACGUGGACUCUUUCCACCGAUUUGACAAGUUCAACUUGAAAUACAACCCCGUUGGAGAAUCUCGACUUCGAGAAAUCUUCUUGAAAACGGACAACCUAAUCAAGGGCCGCUAUCUAGCCGAGCUUACCAAAGAAGUCAUUUCCGAUCUGGAAGCCAGCAAGUACCAAAUGGCUGAGUGGCGUCUAUCCAUCUAUGGUAAAUCACUAGAUGAAUGGGACAAACUUGCAGCCUGGGUCGUCGAUAACAAGCUGUUUUCGCAAAACGUCCGCUGGCUCAUCCAGAUUCCCCGGCUGUAUGAUGUUUACAAGGACAAUGGCUUGAUGGAGUCGUUUGACCAAGUCGUCACCAACGUCUUCCAGCCACUGUUUGAAGUUACCAAGGACCCGUCCAGCCACCCGAAGCUGCACAUUUUCCUCCAGCGCGUCGUCGGUCUCGACAGCGUCGACGACGAGAGCAAGAUUGAGAGGCGCCUAUACAGGAAGUUUCCGGUCCCAAAGGAGUGGAACACGAAGCAGAACCCGCCGUACAACUACUGGAUCUACUAUCUCUUCGCCAACAUGGCGUCUCUCAACUCUUUCCGCCGGAAGCGUGGCUUCAACACUCUUAUCCUGCGGCCGCACUGCGCUGAAGCUGGAGACCCGGAGCAUUUGGCCGUCGCGACGCUUUGCUGUCAUAGCAUCAGCCACGGAGUGCUGCUCCGAAAGGUCCCGUUGUUGCAGUAUGUGUUUUACCUGGAACAGAUCGGAGUGGCCAUGUCGCCGUUGAGCAAUAACGCCUUGUUCCUGUCAUACGACCGCAACCCGUUCCCUCAGUACUUCAAACGAGGUCUCAACGUGUCCCUCUCAACCGACGACCCUCUGCAGUUUGCAUACACAAAGGAGCCUCUGAUGGAGGAAUACGCUGUCGCCGCGCAAAUCUACAAGCUCAGCCCGACAGACAUGUGCGAGCUGGCCAAGAACUCGGUCAAGCAGAGCGGUUACGAGGCGGCGGUUAAGGCGCAGUGGCUGGGACCCUGCUUUGACAAGCCUGGCAGAGAAGGAAAUACCAUGGCCAAGACGAAUGUUCCCGACCGGAGAGAGGAGUUUAGGUAUUCUACCUUGUUGACGGAGCGAGAGGUACUGAGCCGAUACGCCGCAUUUGAUCCAAAUGCAGAGAAGAAGAGCAUCAGUGCCGAACUGGCCUCGAAAUCAUCCGUUGGAAAUAUCCCCUCCUCUGGCGCGACAGAAGCUGCGUCAAGCAUCACGAGCCCAACAUCAGAAGCAUCGUCCCUUCGUAAGACGCCCAGUUCAGCUGCGGAUGUGCACAUUUCUGGAAAUGAUCCGAUGAUAUUUCCAGGAAUUCUGAGUCGGGAUACUAGUCGCCGCAAUCUGACCAAGGUUGAUAGCUGGGGGAUUCAGUCGACUGAGCAUCCUAGCCCGGGGACAGAUUGA